UUCAUGUUUUUUUCUUAUAUUUUUUGUUUUAUAUAUGUUAUCUUGGGAUGGGAUGGGAGGUACACUUGGCAGAGGAUGUGGGGGGACUUUCUCACAAGAGCAAAUGACUAAAUUAGCCUUGGGACUAUCAAAUCAAACAAUUGUCUUGGUCUCUGUCAUGAAAAUACCUUUAACACCCCUAUCCGACGGUCUCCAAAAUCCUCACUCCUGAUCAACACCCCCAUCCGACGGUCAACAAAAAUCUUCCUUAAAUACUUCGGCAACCCCACAAACCCCACACAAAUUAAACCAACCAUGGAAUUAGACACCCAGCAAAAACUCAACCCACCCCAUGUGGCCAUCGUCCCCACUCCAGGACUGGGCCAUCUCAUUCCCCUCGUCGAGCUGGCCAAACGAUUCGUCGUCCAACACAACUUCACUGUCACCUUCAUCAUUCCGAACGACGGGUCGUCCAUGACCCCGCAAAAGCAAGUCCUCAAAGCCCUUAACCCUCAGUCCAUAUCCUCCACCUUUCUCCCUCCCGUAAACUUCGAUGACCUCCCGGAGGACGCUCAGAUUGAAGCACGAAUCGUCCUCACCAUGACUCGGUCCCUCUCCGCUCUACGCGACUCUGUCAAGGUCCUAGCUGAGUCAACUCGCCUAGUGGCACUUGUAGUCGACGUUUUUGGAGCGGACGCAUUUGAUGUGGCUAAUGAAUGCCAUGUGGCGCCCUACAUGUUUUGGUCAACGAACGCUAUGGCUUUGUCUUUUGGCUUUUAUUUGCCGUGGCUUGAUGAGACCACUUCUUGUGCGUAUAGGGACAUGCCUAAACCGGUUCGUUUUCCAGGUUGCGUACCACUCCACGGUAGGGAUUUUUUGGACCCGGUUCAUGAUAGGAGCAAUCAAGGCUACAAAUCCACACUUCAGAUAUGCAAGAAGUUCAAGUUGGCCUCAGGGAUUAUGGUAAACAGCUUUACAGAUUUGGAACCUGAAAUUUUUAAGGCUUUGAAGGAAGCCCGAACAUCACAAGGGUUUCCACCGGUUUUCCCCAUUGGACCGGUAAUUAAACUCGAUUCAGCCGGUGUAUCAGAUGGGGAUCACAAGUGUUUGGGAUGGCUAGACAGGCAGCCACGUGGGUCAGUGUUAUUUGUAGCAUUCGGGAGCGGUGGGACCCACUCACUUGAGCAGAUGAAGGAGCUGGCUCUAGGGCUUGAAAUGAGUGGGCAAAGGUUUCUUUGGGUUGUGAGGAGCCCAAAUGAGACAGCUAAAAAUGGUACUUAUUUUAGUUCUUCUUCCACUGCCCAACAGAAGGACCCAUUGGGUUUUUUGCCUGAUGGGUUUUUGGAGAGGACCAAAGAGGUGGGCCUAGUGGUCCCAUCUUGGGCCCCACAAGUCCAUGUGCUGAGUCACGAGUCAACGGGUGGGUUUUUGACCCAUUGUGGGUGGAACUCGACAUUGGAGAGCAUAGUGAACGGCGUGCCGAUGAUUGCUUGGCCGCUCUAUGCAGAGCAAUAUAUUAACGCAGUUUUGUUGGCUGAUGAUAUAAAGAUUGCAUGGAGGGUCGAGAUGAAUGACAAGGGCAUAGUGGAGGGCCAAGAUAUUGCCAGGUACGCAAGGGGAUUAAUUGAAGGGGAUGAAGGGAGAUUGCUGAGGAACAAGAUGAAAGAGCUGAAAGAGGCAGCCAAAGUGGCCUUGAGCCAAGGAGGGUCGUCCACAGAAUCACUGGCUGAGGUGGCUGAGAUAUGGAAGGGCCACAAUUGAGAUUGGGUUUUGGUUUCUUUCAAUUUUUCUCGUAUGUGUUCCAAUGGAGAUUGAUGGGGAAGUUGCUCCAAAACAAGAUGAAAGAGAUCGAAGUUAAAGAUGAAAUGGCUUUGAGUGAAGAAGGGUCCUCUGCUCUGCUACAUCACUUGUCCGUAUCACUCAAAUAUGGAAGAAUUAGAAACCUAAAGUGAUUGAUAUAAUGCGUCCAUGCUUCACUUUACAAAUUACAAAUUUAAUACACGACACUUGUGCGGUUUUCUUGCCUUUAGUAAUGUUUGUCUUGUUUAAUAAGGGUUAAUAGUAACAUGUUCAUGUGUCUUGUUUAAAAAAAAAAAAAUGAUUCAUCUAUUAGUAGUCUUAUAAAAUAUUUGAUAUCAUUGUUGUUUCAAAUAUUCAAAUACACGGGCCUUGUAAAAUUAUGUGAUC